CUAAUUGCCAUUGACUAUUUUAUUACUCUCAGACUCUUGUGUUCUCGCCUGCGACUUUCCCUCCUCCUCCUCCUCAUCAUCAUCCCAUCACCAUCGCAUCCAUCCCCAUCUCAUUUCUCGUCUACACAGGGCACACGUUCGCCUUUGUACACUCGCUUCACCUCACCGUCUUCCAAUCGUUCGCCUACCACCGUUUUCCAUCCCGAGAGUAAAAUUCCACCAUGUCGAACCAAGGAUAUUACCAGCAAGGUCCUCCCCAGGGCGGCUACUACCCUCAGCAGCCACAGCAAGCCUACGGACAAUACCCUCAGCAAGGAUACGGACCACCACCCCAGGGAAUGUACCAACAACAACAGCCUCAACAAGUCGUUGUCCGUGAGAAGAAGGACCGCGGAUGUCUGGGUGCAUGUCUUGCCGCCCUUUGCUGCUGUUUCGUCUGCGAAGAAGGAUGUGAAUGCUGCGCCGACUGCUGCGAAUGCUUCGCCGACUGCUGUUAAACAAAGAGCGCUAGGCGAUCGACACAGGUUGUCAUUGAUGCGCGAAGGAGGUCAAAGAAAAUGAGAACUUAUGCUAUUACGGAGUUGGAGCUCUAGAAGAUCCAUCUCUCAUGACAGACACACAAGGGGGGCUUGUACACAAUUGUUACCAAACAUACCGACAUCAGUUGACCUGGGCAGUGGUGUCUGGGCUGGACGCAGGGAGAGAGAGGUACAUUCAAAGGCCAUAACUCCCGGCAUUUUUAUUGAUUUUGGCGGUGUGAGAUCGGGCGGAAGAGAUUGCUACCAUGGCUUUCCCUUGUGUACGGCAUCACAAAAGGUGCGAUAUCCAAGGUAGCAGUGUCUUCAAUGCGGAAAUCCAGGUGUUUUUUUCUUCUCCUUGUUGUUUUUGCGAACCAAUAUCGUUUCUGCUUGUUUUUUGGUAUUUCAACUAGGUAAAUAAAGCUAGGCCAAUUCAUUCAACACAGGCCGCUCCGUCCUCAGCACGGCGUCUACCAAGGUUGAAGAGCGACCUUUUUGAAAGAGGUUUCCUUUCUGGCCGUAAUCUACC